UUACAUUGAUUUCUUACAAAGGCACAAGUUCUCGAAUUUGCGGACCGGGUAUGUACAUUGACCUCUAGGUAUAAAAUAUACCGAUCCAGGGCAAAUGUAAAGCAAAGUUGACUUCGGCUGGAUUUGAAUUCCUUCAGAACUUUAAUAACUGAAACUAAAGAUCGUAAGAUUCUAAACACCACCGCUCUAAUGAUUCUACCAGGCCUGAUCUCUGGUGUGUUCACAAUAGUUACGUUAUUACAAGUACAAUUGAAAUGAACACUACUAGAAUGCGAUUGGCUAGUUUGGAAUAAAUAAACAACGUUGUCAUCGCGACGGGUAACCCACUAUGGGGCUGAUUUUUGGUGUUGGUGUUGGUAUCGUCCUUUUGGCUUCUAUGUGGAUCAUAUCACUGACCAUUUGUGUAUUCACCAGUUAUUCUACUGGAAAAAUCAGAUAUCUUGGAACGAUUUUAAUUUUACUGAGUACCUUACUAACAAUAAUUUUUAUUGUCAUUCCAAGAAAAUCAAAGUAUCCAGUACCUGUUGAUGACAGUUUGAUAUAUGAGUAUAAGGAGAAUCAUCUGGUACUACUUUUGGUCUUCUGCUGUAUUUCAGCCUUUAUAGGUUUUGUGUUUUAUCUUGUUCACCAUAUCAUGCAGCCCAUAUAUACAAUGCCUAUGACAAAGUCAAAUUUAUCAUGAACUUAAUCUUCAAAACAAAAAGAAAAUUACCUCUAUUUCUUUUUUUCUGUAAUUUACACCAUUCUAAGAUUUUUUUUUUUUAAUAAAUCAAUGAAAAUAAAA